AUGAGCAGCACCCUAUCCCCCACGGACUACGACAGCUUGGAGAUCCAGCAGCAGUACAACGACAUCAACAACCGGUGGGAGCUGGCCGACGAGGACUGGGACAAUGAGAACAGCUCAGCCCGCCUCUUCGAGCGCUCCCGCAUCAAGGCGCUGGCGGAUGAGCGCGAGGCCGUGCAGAAGAAAACCUUCACCAAAUGGGUGAACUCUCACCUGGCACGUGUGACCUGCCGCAUCGCAGACCUGUACAAUGACCUGCGCGAUGGGCGCAUGCUUAUCCGCCUACUGGAGGUGCUGUCGGGUGAGCAGCUGCCCAAGCCCACCAAAGGGCGAAUGCGGAUCCACUGCCUGGAGAACGUAGACAAGGCCCUGCAGUUCCUCAAGGAGCAGAAGGUGCAUCUGGAGAACAUGGGCUCCCAUGACAUCGUCGAUGGCAACCACCGCCUCACACUGGGCCUUAUCUGGACCAUCAUCCUCCGCUUCCAGAUCCAGGAUAUCAGUGUAGAGACUGAGGAUAACAAGGAGAAGAAAUCGGCCAAGGAUGCCUUGCUGCUCUGGUGCCAGAUGAAGACGGCAGGGUACCAGAACGUCAAUGUUCACAAUUUCACCACCAGCUGGAGGGAUGGCCUGGCCUUCAAUGCGAUCGUCCACAAGCACAGGCCGGACCUUAUAGAUAUUGACACGCUGAAGAAAUGCAAUGCCCACUACAACCUGCAGAAUGCGUUCAACGUAGCAGAGAAGGAACUGGGGCUGACCAAGCUUUUGGAUCCUGAAGAUGUCAACGUGGACCAGCCGGAUGAGAAGUCUAUCAUCACAUACGUGGCCACCUACUACCACUACUUCUCCAAAAUGAAAGCAUUGGCUGUGGAGGGAAAGCGCAUUGGAAAGGUGCUGGACUACGCCAUUGAGGCUGACAAGCUGAUCGAGAAGUACGAGACACUGGCUUCUGACCUGCUGCAGUGGAUCGAGCAGACCAUCCUGACACUGAAUGACCGCAAGCUGGCCAACUCCCUGAGCGGGGUGCAGAACCAGCUGCAGGCUUUCAACACCUACCGCACUGUUGAGAAGCCCCCCAAGUUCACAGAGAAAGGGAACCUGGAGGUGCUGCUCUUCACCAUCCAGAGCAAGAUGCGCGCCAACAACCAGAAGGUGUAUAUACCGCGCGAGGGCAAGCUGAUCUCCGACAUCAACAAGGCCUGGGAGCGGCUGGAGAAGGCGGAGCAUGAGCGGGAGCUGGCACUGCGCAACGAGCUGAUCCGCCAGGAAAAGCUGGAGCAGCUGGCAGCUCGAUUUGACCGCAAGGCAGCCAUGCGGGAGACGUGGCUGAGCGAGAACCAGCGCCUGGUGUCCCAGGAUAACUUCGGCGUGGACAUUUCGGCGGUGGAGGCAGCGGUGCGGAAGCAUGAGGCCAUUGAGACAGACAUCGUGGCCUACAGUGAGCGUGUGCAGGCCGUGAAUGCUGUGGCCACCGAGCUCGAGGCGGAGCGCUACCACGACAUCAAGCGCGUGCUGGCCCGCAAGAACAAUGUGGUGCGGCUGUGGGACUACCUGCGGGAGCUGGUGGCCUCACGCCGUGAGCGCCUGCUCCUCAACCUGGACCUGCAGAAGAUGUUCCAGGACCUGGCUUACCUCAUGGACUGGAUGGAGGAGAUGAAGGGCCGCCUGCAGUCCCAGGACUUUGGGAAGCACCUGCACGGCGUGGAAGACCUGCUGCAGAUCCAUGCGCUGGUGGAGGCCGACAUUGCCGUGCAGGCCGAGCGCAUCAAGGCUGUUGGCACUGCUGCACAGAGGUUUGCCACCCCUGGAGAAGGAUACAAGCCCUGUGACCCCCAGCUGGUGCAGGAGAGGGUGGACAUGCUAGAGCUGUGCUACCAGGAGCUGGUUGAGCUGGCAGGCAAGCGCCGGGCCAAGCUGGAGGAGUCACGGCGCCUGUGGAAGUUCUUCUGGGACAUGGGUGAGGAGGAGGCCUGGAUCCGGGAGCAAGAGCAGAUCCUGUCGUCGGAUGAUUUCGGCAAGGACCUGACCAGUGUGCUGCGCCUCAUCAGCAAGCACAAUGCCUUCCGUGAUGAGAUGAGCGGCCGCUAUGGACCCCUGCAGCACACCACGGCCCAGGGCCACAGCCUGGUGCAUGAGGGGCACUUUGGGGCACGAGAGGUGGCUGAGCGCAUCCGGGAGAUCGAGGAGCAGUGGCAACACCUGGAGGCGCUGGCAGGCGAGCGGGAGCGGCGCCUGCAUGAGGCCUCCAGCCUCUACCAGUUCCAGGCCGAUGCUGAUGACAUGGAGGCCUGGCUCAUGGAUGCCCUGCGGCUGGUGUCCAGCCCGGAGGUGGGCCAUGACGAGUACUCUACCCAGAGCCUGGUCAAGAAGCACAAGGAUGUGGAAGAGGAGAUCCAGAACCACCGGCCCGCCAUCGCUGCGCUACAUGAGCAGGCCCAGAGCCUGCCGCCUGCCUUUGCCCAUGCACCCGAGGUGGCCGGGCGCCUGCCCGCUGUGGAGCAGCGCUACCAGGAGCUGGCCGCCCUGGCUGAGCGCCGCAAGCAGGAUCUGCAGGACGCCCUCAACCUCUACAAGAUGUUCAGCGAGGCUGAUGCCUGUGGGCUGUGGAUUGGUGAGAAGGAGCAGUGGCUGCAUGCCAUGGAGAUCCCUGAGAAGCUGGAGGACCUGGAGGUGGUGCAGCAGAGGUUUGAGACACUGGAGCCCGAGAUGAAUAACCUGGCUUUGCGCAUCGCGGCCAUCAACCAGAUCGCUGGGCAGCUGCUGAGCACUGACCACCGCAACAAGGAGAGCAUCCAGGCCACGCAGGAGCAGCUCAACACCAGGUGGGAGCGGUUCCGCACUCUGGCCGACCAGAAGAAGGCUGCGCUGACCUCAGCCCUGAACAUCCAGAACUACUACCUGGAGUGCAAUGAGACCAAGUCUUGGAUGAGGGAGAAGACCAAGGUGAUCGAGUCGACGCAGGAGCUGGGCAAUGACCUGGCGGGUGUCAUGGCACUGCAGAGGAAGCUGGCGGGCAUGGAGCGGGACCUGGAGGCCAUCCAGGGCAAGGUGUUGGACCUGCAGGGGGAGGCGGCCGCGCUGGCAGCCGAGCACCCAGGCCAGGCGACGCCCAUCCUAGACCAGCUUGCGGACAUCAAGGCCGUGUGGGCCGAGCUGCGUGAGACCAUGCGGCGGCGCGAGGAGUCACUGGGGGAGGCCAGCAAGCUGCAGGGCUUCCUGCGCGACCUGGAUGACUUCCAGGCUUGGCUGUCACGGACACAGACGGCUGUGGCCUCUGAGGAUGUGCCGGCCACCCUGGCUGAGGCCGAGCAGCUGCUGAGCCAGCAUGAGAGCAUCCGUAACGAGAUUGAGCACUACAAGGACGACUACCAGAGCAUGCGGGCCAUGGGUCAGGAGGUGACCCAGGGCCAGACCGAUGCCCAGUACAUGUUCCUGCAGCAACGCCUACAGGCCCUGGACACUGGCUGGAAGGAGCUGGGCCAGAUGUGGGAGAACAGGCACCACCUGCUGUCCCAGGCCUAUAGCUUCCAGCUCUUCCUGCGGGACACCAAGCAGGUGGAGGGUGUGCUCAGCAACCAGGAGUACGUGCUGUCCCACACUGAGAUGCCCAGCACCCUGCAAGGGGCAGAGGCUUCCAUUAAGAAGCAUGAAGAUUUCAUGACCACCAUGGAGGCCAACGGGGAGAAGAUCAAGGGGCUGGUGGACGCCGGGCGGAAGCUGAUUGUGGGGGACAGCGUCCAUGCAGACAAAGUCCAGGAGAAGGUUGACUCCAUCGAUGGCAGGCACAAGCGGAAUCGGGAUGCCGCCAAUGAGCUGCUGCGGCGGCUGCGGGAUAACCGGGAGUUGCAGCACUUCCUGCAGGACUGCCAAGAGCUCACCCUAUGGAUCAAUGAGAAGAUGCUGACAGCCCAGGACAUGUCGUAUGACGAGGCCCGCAACCUGCACACCAAGUGGCAGAAGCACCAGGCCUUCACGGCCGAGCUGGCUUCCAACAAGGACUGGCUGGACAAGAUCGAGAAGGAGGGGCAGCAGCUAAUGGCGGAGAAGCCGGAGCUGGAGCCCGUGGUGAAGGAGAAGCUGGGCAGCCUCCACCGUCUAUGGGAUGAGCUGGAGUCCACCACCAAGACCAAGGCCCAGUGCCUCUUUGACGCCAACCGGGCCGAGCUCUUCACCCAGAGCUGCUCCGCCCUGGAGGCCUGGCUGGCCGGGCUGCAGGCCCAGCUCCAGUCUGAUGACUACGGCAAGGACCUGACCAGCGUCAACAUCCUGCUGAAGAAGCAACAGAUGCUGGAGAACCAAAUGGACGUGCGGGAGAAGGAGGUGGAGGCCAUCCAGUCGCAGGCGCUCGCCCUGAGCCAGGAGGACGCCAAUACGGCCGAGGUGGAAGGCAAGUUCCGGGCAGUGGAGGAGAAGUUCCUGGACCUACGGGGCCCGCUGGAGGAGCGCUGCCACAAGCUGCUGGCCUCCAAGGAGGAGCACCAGUUCAACCGUGACCUGGAGGACGAGAUCCUGUGGGUGAGGGAACGGAUGCCCAUGGCCAUCUCCACCGACCAUGGCAAGGACCUGCCCACCGUCCAGCUGCUGAUAAAGAAGAACCAGACCCUGCAGAAGGAGAUCCAGGGCCAUGAGCCGCGCGUGGAGGAGCUGCUGGGGCGGCGGGCAGGGCUGGCACGCUGCGGGCCCGUGGAGCGGGUGGAAGAGCUGCGGGAGGCCUGGCGGGAGCUGAGGCACCAGGCGGAGCUGCGGCACCAGCGCCUGGAGCGGGCACACGCUGCCCAGCAGUUCUACUUCGAUGUAGCUGAAGCCGAGGCCUGGAUGGGGGAGCAGGAGCUGCACAUGAUGUCCCAGGAGAAGGCCAAGGAUGAGCUGAUUGCCCAGGCCAUGGUGAAGAAGCACCUGGUGAUGGAGCAGGCGCUGGAUGACUACGCCCAGACCAUCCACCAACUCUCCAACCAGAGCCGCGACAUGGUGGCCAGUGAGCACCCAGAGAGUGAGCGGCUCACCCUGCGCCAGGGCCAGGUGGACAAGCUGUACGCCAGCCUGAAGGACCUGGCAGAGGAGCGGCGGGGGAAGCUGCAGGAGCACCAGCGCCUCUGCCAGCUCAAGCGUGACGUGGAUGACCUGGAGCAGUGGAUCUCGGAGCGCGAGGUGGUGGCUGCCUCCCACGAGCUGGGGCAGGACUACGAGCAUGUGACUAUGCUGCGGGACAAGUUCCGGGAGUUCUCCCGGGACACCAGUAACAUCGGGCAGGAGCGCGUGGACGCCGUGAACCUGCUGGCGGAUGAGCUGAUCUCAUCAGGGCACUCGGAGAACGCCACCAUUGCCGAGUGGAAGGACGGGCUCAACGAUGCCUGGGCCGACCUGCUGGAGCUCAUCGACACCCGCAGCCAGAUGCUGGCAGCUUCCUAUGAGCUGCACCGCUUCUACCACGACGCUCGCCAGACGCUGGCGCAGGUGCAACACAAGCAGAAGCAGCUGCCCGACGAGGUGGGGCGCGACCUGAACACGGCCGAGGCCAUGCAGCGCAUGCACUCAGCCUACGAGCAUGACAUCCAGGCGCUCAGCGCACAGGUGAAACAGGUGCAAGAGGACGCGAUGCGGCUGCAGAAGGCCUACGCGGGUGAGAAGGCCGAUGACAUCCGGCGGCAUGAGCAGGCUGUGAGCGAGGCCUGGGCCGAGCUGCUGAGCAGCAGCCAAGGCCGCCGGCAGCUGCUGCUCGACACCGUGGACAAGUUCCGCUUCUUCAAGAUGGUGCGAGACCUGAUGCUGUGGAUGGACGGGGUGCACCUGCAGAUCGACGCCCAGGAGAAGCCCAGGGACGUGUCCUCGGCUGACCUGGUCAUCAAGAACCACCAAGGGAUCAAGGCUGAGGUGGAGGCCCGGACGGACAGCUUCAAUGCCUGCAUAGCCAUGGGCACCGCCCUGCUGGACAAGGGCCACUAUGCUUCUGACAAGAUUUCAGAGAAGCUGGCCCAGCUGCAGGAGCAGCGCAAGGAGAUCGGAGACCGGUGGCAGGAGAAGAUGGACUGGCUGCAGAUUGUUAUGGAGGUGCUGAUGUUCGGGCGCGAUGCCAGCAUGGCUGAGGCCUGGCUGUCCAGCCAGGAGCCCAUCGUGCGCUCAGCUGAGCUGGGCAGGAACGUGGACGAGGUGGAGAAUCUCAUCAAGAGGCACGAGGGCUUCCAGAAGUUGGCCGCUGCCUGGGAGGAGCGCUUCCUGGCACUGGAAAAGCUCACCACGCUGGAGGAGAAGGAGCGGCUGCGGCAGGAGGAGGAGGAGAGGAGGAAGAGGCGGCCUCCAACACCACCUGAGCCAGAGCCCGAGGUCACGGUGCAGCCACUGCUGCUCCCUGACAGCCAGCAGGGGCCAGGACUGAGCAAUGCUGACGGGACUUCCACUCUGCAGACCCGUCUCCCAGAGCUGCCUGCUGUGAAUGGGAUCUACCCUGACUCCGAGUCCCCGCAGAUGCCCGAGAUGGAGGAGGUGACAAGCGGAGCCCGGCUGGAUACAUUGGCCGAGGAGAAGGAGCACAGCCCUGCCCCCUCGCCCAAGGCCCGCACCAAGCUGCCGGCACUCACCCCUGAGCCUGCCCAUUCGGCCACGCUGCCGCUCCGAUCACCAGACCCCACUGCCCAGGAGCACCUGGAGGGGGCACUGUGCCGCAAGCAGGAGAUGGAAGCCCAGGGCAAGAAGGCAGCCAACAGGUCCUGGCAGAACGUAUACUGUGUCCUGCACAAAGGCAGCCUAGGCUUCUACAAAGACGCCAAGAACGCCAGCCAUGGCGUCCCCUACCAUGGCGAGGUGCCCAUCAGCCUGCAGGGGGCGCAGUGCAACGUGGCACUGGACUACAAGAAACGCAAGCAUGUCUUCAAGCUGGGGUUGAGUGACGGCAAAGAGUAUUUAUUCCAGGCCAAGGACGAGGCUGAAAUGAGCACCUGGAUGCGGGUGAUCAAUGCCUCGGUGGCCUGCACCCCGACACCCCAGCAGGACACGGAGGACCCGCCCUCACUCACUGGCAAGGGCAUGACGCGGGCCAUGAGCAUGCCACCCGUGUCCCCCAACAGCGCUGCUGAGGUCUCUGUGGCCCUGCGCAGCAAGGACGGCAAGGAGAAGGACCGAGAAAAGAGAUUCAGCUUCUUCAAGAAGAAGCAAUAG